AUGAAUCUGUAUACUUUUUCUGGACAUGUUAUCGAAUUGUGGAAUCAAUGGGAGCUUCGCAUCAUGAUUUUGCUAAGUCUCUCGCUGCAAAUUUUCCUCACCAUCACUGGCAGUCGACGAAAGUAUACCGCCGGAAUCUGGUUCGGGACGUUUGUUUGGCUAGCAUAUUUGUCGGCGGAUUGGUUGGCAACUAUUACUUUGGGUAUUCUUGCUCGUAGCCUAGGGGGUUCAGAAUCCAAAGGUACCACUUCCAGCGCAACCUCCAUCCCGGCAUUUUGGGCACCGAUGCUCCUUGUACACCUUGGUGGCCCUGACGCUAUUACUGCCUACUCAAUCGAGGACAACGAAUUGUGGUCGAGGCACUUGCUUCAGCUAUUAACCCAGCUUGUGGUGGCCUUUUAUGCGUCGUUUAGGUCAUGGUGGAGCAAUGAUCCGCUCAUAUAUAUAGUCAUUCCAAUCUUUGUUUCUGGAGUUAUCAAAUAUGGAGAGAGAGUUUGGGUCCUUUGGUUAGCAAGCUCCAACAAGUUUAGGUAUUCCCCAAACACAGAAAGUUUUUAUCUGCUAGUGAAAGGCAAUGAUGAAAUACCAGAGGCCAGAUAUAUCCAAGAAGCUCAUUCCUUGUUCCAAACUUUGAAGUUACAAUUUGCUGAUUACCCAGUUACAUAUGCUGCUCAUCGGAAGAGCGACGCUUUGUUGAGGAGCAAGACAGGCCCUGAAGCAUUCAAAUUGGUAGAAAUUGAGUUGGGGUUCGUGUUCGAUUUACUUUUCACCAAGGUGAUAACAACACUUCGUUGGCGACUACGCAUCAUUCUCCGCUGCAUCAACUUUCUGUCCUCUGUUUCUGCAUUAGUAGCAUUCUCAUCAAUGACCAGAAACUCCCAUACCUAUACUAAAAUUGAUAUUAUUAUAUCGUACUUGUUGCUGAUCGGAGCUAUUGUUCUGGAGAUUUACUCGGCCAUUUUGAUGCUUUUCUCUGAUUGGGCUAUGCUUUGGCUUAGCAAGCGAAGGGUUUGGUGGUCUCGACGUAUUUGUUCUUCUCGGUUGCUAUCGUUUCUUAGAAGUAACAGAAGGUGGAAAGCAUCCACGGCACAGUCUGUUAUAGAAGAACAUCGAAAUGCAGUUUCCAAGAUGAUCCGAUUACGAUAUUGGCAGCGAGAGGUGGCCAUGCACUCCAAAGUUUUCAUUGCUAUGGAGAACUUGGUUGAUCUGUUGAAAAAGACUUUCAUGAAAGCUUCCUCAUGUGGCACAUGGCUGUUAAUACUUUUGGGAGAACCAAAGUAUAAGCAAGCCGUUUCCGAUGGAGAUAUGAAGGAAGGUGUUGGCAAGCUCAUAGAUUCAUUCAAGGGGCUGGAGAGACAGCAUGGUUGGUCAGUUGAACGGAAAUGGGAAAUCAUAAGUGACGUGUUGGUCGAGAUGCUAUUUCAUGCUGCGAGUCGAUGUGGAUGGAAAGAGCAUGCAAAAGCACUUAGUCAGGGAGGAGAGCUAAUUACUUUUGUGGCCGUUCUAAUGUCUCAUCUUGGUCUCCAUCGGCAGUGUAUGUAUUAG